GGGAGCGGCCGGGAUUUACCGUGGUGGCGGUGGGCGCUGAGCGGCGGGGGAGCCGGGCGUCCCCGGGGCCGCCGCCUCUCGGGCUGAGCCCCCCCGUCCGGACCAUGGCCGACGACGACGUGCUGUUCGAGGACGUGUACGAGCUCUGCGAGGUGAUCGGCAAGGGUCCGUUCAGCGUCGUGCGGCGAUGCAUCAACCGGGAGACGGGGCAGCAGUUCGCUGUGAAGAUCGUCGAUGUAGCAAAAUUCACUUCAAGUCCUGGAUUAAGCACAGAAGAUCUGAAGAGAGAAGCCAGUAUUUGUCACAUGCUGAAGCAUCCUCACAUUGUUGAACUGUUGGAGACAUACAGCUCAGAUGGAAUGCUUUAUAUGGUCUUUGAGUUUAUGGAUGGAGCAGACCUGUGUUUUGAAAUUGUGAAGAGAGCAGAUGCUGGAUUUGUCUACAGUGAGGCUGUAGCCAGUCAUUACAUGAGACAGAUACUGGAAGCUCUACGUUACUGUCAUGAUAAUAAUAUAAUUCACAGAGAUGUGAAGCCACACUGUGUACUGCUUGCCUCAAAAGAGAAUUCAGCCCCAGUAAAGCUUGGUGGCUUUGGGGUAGCAAUUCAGUUAGGAGAGUCUGGGCUAGUUGCUGGAGGACGUGUAGGAACACCUCACUUUAUGGCUCCAGAAGUGGUAAAAAGAGAACCAUAUGGGAAGCCUGUAGAUGUUUGGGGUUGUGGUGUGAUCCUGUUUAUCCUGCUAAGUGGUUGUUUGCCUUUUUAUGGAACCAAGGAAAGAUUAUUUGAAGGCAUUAUUAAAGGCAAAUACAAGAUGAAUCCUAGGCAAUGGAGCCAUAUUUCUGAAAGUGCCAAAGAUCUGGUGCGCCGCAUGCUUAUGCUGGAUCCAGCAGAGAGGAUAACAGUGUAUGAAGCACUGAAUCACCCCUGGUUAAAGGAGAGAGAUCGCUAUGCAUACAAGAUUCAUCUUCCAGAAACAGUAGAACAGUUGAGAAAAUUCAAUGCAAGACGAAAACUAAAGGGGGCAGUACUAGCAGCUGUGUCAAGCCACAAAUUCAACUCCUUCUAUGGUGACCCCCCUGAAGAGCUGCCAGACUUCUCUGAAGACCCCACCUCCUCAGGACUUCUAGCAGCAGAAAGAGCAGUCUCACAGGUGCUGGAUAGCCUGGAAGAAAUUCAUGCACUUACAGACUGCAGUGAAAAAGACUUAGAUUUUCUUCACAGUGUUUUCCAGGAUCAGCAUCUUCACACGUUACUAGAUCUUUAUGACAAAAUAAACACAAAAUCUUCACCACAAAUCAGGAAUCCUCCAAGUGAUGCUGUACAGAGAGCCAAAGAGGUAUUGGAAGAAAUUUCAUGUUACCCAGAGAACAAUGAUGCAAAGGAGCUAAAGCGUAUUUUAACACAACCUCAUUUCAUGGCCUUACUUCAAACUCAUGAUGUAGUGGCACAUGAAGUUUACAGUGACGAAGCGCUGAGGGUCACCCCUCCUCCCACCUCUCCCUACCUGAACGGGGAUUCCCCGGAGAGCGCCAACGGCGACAUGGACAUGGAGAACGUAACGCGGGUCCGGCUGGUGCAGUUCCAGAAGAACACAGAUGAGCCCAUGGGAAUCACUUUAAAAAUGAAUGAGCUGAACCACUGCAUUGUGGCAAGAAUUAUGCACGGAGGAAUGAUUCACCGGCAAGGUACGCUACAUGUAGGGGAUGAAAUCAGAGAAAUAAACGGAAUCAGUGUGGCAAAUCAAACUGUAGAACAGCUACAAAAAAUGCUUAGGGAAAUGCGUGGAAGUAUUACCUUCAAGAUUGUGCCAAGUUAUCGCACGCAAUCUUCAUCCUGUGAGAGAGAUUCCCCCUCUACAUCCAGACAGUCCCCCGCUAAUGGUCAUAGCAGCACUAACAAUUCUGUUUCGGACUUGCCAUCGACAACACAACCAAAAGGACGACAGAUCUAUGUAAGAGCACAAUUUGAAUAUGAUCCAGCAAAGGAUGACCUCAUUCCUUGCAAAGAAGCUGGCAUCAGAUUCCGAGUUGGUGAUAUUAUCCAAAUCAUUAGCAAAGAUGAUCAUAACUGGUGGCAGGGUAAACUUGAGAACUCAAAAAAUGGUACUGCAGGUCUUAUUCCUUCUCCUGAACUUCAGGAAUGGCGAGUUGCUUGUAUUGCCAUGGAGAAGACCAAACAGGAGCAACAGGCCAGCUGUACUUGGUUUGGAAAGAAAAAAAAGCAGUACAAAGACAAAUACUUGGCAAAGCACAAUGCAGUGUUUGAUCAAUUAGAUCUCGUCACAUAUGAAGAAGUAGUAAAGCUGCCAGCAUUCAAAAGGAAAACACUAGUCCUACUAGGUGCCCAUGGUGUCGGAAGAAGACACAUAAAAAACACACUCAUCACAAAACACCCGGACAGAUUUGCUUACCCCAUUCCUCACACAACCAGACCUCCAAAGAAAGAUGAAGAAAAUGGCAAAAAUUACUACUUUGUAUCACAUGACCAAAUGAUGCAGGAUAUAUCAAACAAUGAAUAUUUGGAAUAUGGCAGCCAUGAGGAUGCAAUGUAUGGGACAAAACUGGAAACAAUACGAAAGAUCCAUGAGCAGGGACUAAUUGCAAUACUUGAUGUAGAACCUCAGGCAUUGAAGGUCCUGAGAACUGCAGAGUUUGCUCCUUUUGUUGUUUUUAUUGCUGCACCUACGAUUACCCCAGGCAUUAAUGAGGAUGAAUCCCUUCAGCGCCUGCAGAAGGAGUCGGAAAUCUUACAGAGAACAUAUGCACACUACUUUGACCUAACAAUUAUCAACAAUGAGAUUGAUGAAACCAUCAGGCACCUGGAGGAAGCCAUCGAGCUCGUGUGUACAGCCUCCCAGUGGGUCCCGGUCUCCUGGGUCUACUAGACCGGGAAUGGGAGAAUUAAGGAGAAAAAAAAAAAAAAUCUGUCAUUACUGGGAACCACCUCAUACAUGGAAAACCUCUUCGUUAUUGACCUUGUGUCAACAGGUCUUGGCCCCUAGAGACUACCUAGAUGUAGUGUGACCUAAAAUAUAAUUAUUGUCAUGUCCGAAUAGAUAGGAGGAGGGGGAACAAAAGAUGAAACACUAAUUUAAAGAGACAGUAUCUUUUUUUUAAUCAUUUCUCCUAAACUUUAAUAAAAUGUAUCUUUAAAUAUAUGUACUAUUCAGUCUUUUGGAAUGUUAUAUUUUUGGAAAUCAUAGCUUUUUAUUUCGAGGGCCCCUAAAAACUGCACAAAAUAGAUGCUGCUUUCUAUAAUCUAUUUUAAUAGUAAUAAUAAUAUGAUUCUGUUACCUUAACUUGGGGGUGGAACACUACAUUCUUUUUAGAGUCUGAUUUUAUGGAUUGGAAUACUUUGCUUUCCUUUAUUUAUUUGAAGUAAUUAGUCUAGUGGUUACAAAACAAAUUCAUAAAUUUUAAAGGCCUUUUUUUUUUUCACGCUUUUUUUUUUCCUCCUAGGAUAGUAUUUUUAAGUAUUUUUGUGUAACAUCCAGAUAAUGUGAUACUGUCUCUUUGAAGAACUCUGUAAAAGUUUUAAAAAUUUGAAAUUGGGUCUUGACUCUUAAUGCAUGUGGACAGUCGCAAGCGUUCAUGCCGUUGGUGUAUCUGUGUUGAUAAAACCUGUAAUCUACAGCAAAGUACAUUCCGUUCAUGGGAACACGUACCCAAGGGAAUAAAGCAAAAUAUUAUUCUGACUAAGUUGUAAACCUAUGCACAUCCCUUGCAUUUUGGGCAACUUUCUAAAAAAAAGAAAAAAAAAGAAAAACUGAUUUUUAUUAAUAAUAAUCAUGUAGUGAAAUGUGUUUGUAAUUUUGUCUCAAUUUAAUUUGUUGUAAGGUGGGAGGGGGCAAUUACUGGUUUCACCAUUUCAGAUCUGUGUUGUCUGAGAGUAUUAACGUUUUAAUUAAGUUGAAGCAAAGAAAUGCUGAUUUUUAAUAUGUAUGUAAUUGUUUAAAGAUGCACACAUUUUAAAAGAAAAUACUGUGCAAUGAAGAAACCAGUUUAGACAUUGCGAUAAACUGACUAUUCCAAAAGACUCAUCUACAACAGCCCUGUAAAUUACUUUAAAAAUGGUAAUUGACUCUACAGUCUGACCAAUUUUUUUUUAUUUUAAAUAUACUUCCUUUUAUGUGUUCAACAA